AGACAAAUCAAACAAGAUCACACAUGACUAUUUUUAGACUUACACAUUGAGAGAAUUUGAUGAGUCAAAGUGCUUAGAUGAACAGUUCUAAAAGUCAAAACUGGACAAAAAGAGUGGGACGGAGGUAGUUCAUGCUAGUGAUUUUUUGGUUUUUCUACUCCUUUAUUUGGAGUUGAAUCCGGCAGAAGAUAGAUAUGCUGCUCUCAAGAGCAUGGAUCAAUGCGGCGACAAGGCCGUGGAAGCGGCGAAGAGGAGAUGCAGGGUCCUCAUAGAUCGGAUCGGAGCCUUGUCAAAACCUCCUCCGUCGUCGUGGAAGACGACCCUCUUACGCCUGGUUAACUCCGAGCUCGCUUUCCUCGACCGCCUUAACCCUUCCUCCUCCGCCGCCGCCGCUCUCAGCCUCAACAUCGGCCACCUCGAAGCAGUCUUUCACAUUCUCCGCCACCCAUCCGUCACCGCCGUAGCCCGGGUCUGCAAACCCAUUCCAAUUUCCCCUACUCAGAAUGGGGGGAGGGGCAAUUGCACUGUGUAUGUAGAUGUAGUUUGCUGUUUCGACUGGAACCCCGUUUGGAUCCUCGUCUCGGAUAAAAAUCCCAAGCACAACGACUUCAAGGAACUGAGAGGUCGGAUUCUCGAAGUUCUGAUUGCUGCCCGGAAUUCGUCUUUGACUGUAAGGCCUUCUUCUGUCAUCCUUUCCUUUUCAAAUGGGCUUAGAGAUGAUGUUGUUCACAUGGUCCGGGAUGAUUUUGGAGCAGUUGAGUCUGCCGGAUUUGGGGAUUUCUCUUCAUUAGAACAUGAAUUCGAAGAAGAGGAAGAAGGAGAUUGGGUCCUUGUGGUGCCUUGCAGGUCCUUCGAAAGGGCCUGUUUUUUGGAGAUAAAGAUAGAGUCUGUUUAUCCCGGCAUGGAAGUUUUAGAUUCUAAGAUGGAGCUAAAAUGCGACAAUAGCUUCGAUCAUUUGGAAAUGGAUAAAAAUUGUGCCGCGAAUUUAGGGGAAUCGUUUAGUUUUCUUCUGUCCAGAAUGAGGAGUUGGUCUGCUGGUCAUGUUGAGGAUGAUGCCGAGUUGGUUAAUUUUGAUACAACGGCUCUUGUUGCUGCCGUGUCCGGGAUAAGUAAUGGGGCUGCCCUGAAAAUUCUAAAAACCCCGGAGAGUGAUUUGAGGGCUUGGUUCAAAGGAAAUUAUGAUUUUGUGUUGAAUCAGGUGGACUCUGAAAUGAGGAAUCCAAUCCAUGUGGACAUGGGUAAUGUAAUUCAUGGAAGGAGAGGAAUUGUUUGUGAGAGUGUUAUCACAGAAUUUCAGGAGAUAAUAUCAAUGUGUGGCGGGUCAAGAGAAAAGUUAAGAGCUCAGCAUCUCCUGAAGAAACUUAAGAUUGUUCCUGACUGCCCAUCGGCGCGCAUGAGUAGCCUUCCAACAACCAGAAAGCUGGCCUUGAAAAACAAAGUGGCAUUCGGCACCGGUGACCACUGGCGUGCUCCUACCAUGACUGCUAACAUGGCUUUUGUAAGAGCUGUUUCGCAGACGGGUAUGUCCCUAUUUACCUUGGAGCACAGACCCCGGGCACUUGUUGGUGAUUAGAUUAGAGUACAACAACAACAACAACAACAACAACAACCCAGUUAAAUCCCACAAGAGUAGGGUCUGGGGAGGGUGUGUGUACGCAGACCUUACCCCUACUCGAAAGUAGAGAGGCUGUUUCCAAAGAGACCCCCGGCUCAACGUCGAAAGUUGCAUUGCUUGACUAACUGCUACUUCAUUAAUUAAAAAAGCGCAGACAGUUUAGAGAUCCAUUUUGAUUUAUUCCAUCACACCCCAAAGCCAAAAAAUGGUGAAAUUUUGGCUCCAUCGGAGAUGAUGGAAAAGGUGAUUAGAUUAUUAGAGUGUAUGUGUCAUUUGAUGUCUUCCCCCGGCAAACAGUAGAAUGAGUUUAAUGCUGUUCAAAUUUGGCUCUUUCAUUGCACUUAUGCCAUGUAAAUGAAGACAUUCAGAUUUU